CUUUUUAGGAAAAGAGGGAAAAAAUAAAGCCCUCCCCCACCACGUCCUUCUCCCCAGCCCUCGCCGCACCACACACAGCGCGGGCUUCUCGCGCUCGGCACCGGCGGGCCGGGCGCGUCCAGCCUUCAUUUAUCAAGCAGCUUUUCGGAAAAUUCAUUCGCUGUUCGGAGUUUAAUCAGAGGAGGAUUCCUGCCCCCGUCCCCGGCUCGUCCACCGGCCCCCGGUCCCUGUCUCUCUCCCGUGGAGGCGUGAAGCGGUCCCUCGGACAGAGAUCCAUGUCUGUGCCCGCGCGUGUGUGUGCGCGUGUAAAUUGCCGAGAGGGGGAAAAUCACAGGACUUCUGCAAAUACUGGACUGAAAAUUGUAAUUCAUCUGCCGCCGCCGCUGCCUUUCUUUGCUCGUGCUCUUGAGAUCUCCGGUUGGGAUUCCUACGGAUUGACAUUUCUGUGAAGAAGUCUGGGAAUCAAACUGGAAAUUCUCCUAAUUUUUACACCCUCCGCCCCCAACUCCUGAUUCAUUUGGAAGUUUCACAGCAGCUAUCACUGGAGAGUUCUGAAGAUUGAUGGAAUCUUUGCCUUAUGCAUUUGUUUUCACAGAAAAGGAAACUUGACAGAGGAUCAUGCUGUCCUGAAAAAAUACAACAUCACGGAGGAAGUAGACUGAUAUUAACAAUAAUUAAUAAUGUGCCUCAUGAAAUAAAGAUCCGAACGGAAUUUAAAUAAAAAUUUCCUGCAUCUCAUGCCAAGAGGGAAACACCAGAAUCAAGUGUUCCGCGUGACUGAAGACACCCCCUCAUCCAAGAAUGCGAAGCGCAUCCAAUAAAAUAGCUGGAUUAUAACUAUUCUUCUCUCGUGCGGGGCCGUGGCGCGGGAAGCGGGGGCGAGAGGUGCUGUUGGUACCCGGCUGCUUUUCCGUGGGGGAAGGAUGGCGCACGCUGGGAGAACAGGGUAUGAUAACCGGGAGAUAGUGAUGAAGUACAUCCACUAUAAACUGUCGCAGAGGGGCUACGAGUGGGAUGCCGGAGACGCGGGCGCCACGUCCCCGGGGGCCGCCCCCGCGCCGGGCAUCUUCUCCUCCCAGCCUGGGCGCACCCCAGCGCCAUCCAGGACCUCCCCGCCGCCGCCCCAGACCGCCCCCGCCGCCCCCGCUGGGGGGCCUGCGCUCAGCCCCGUGCCACCUGUGGUCCACCUGACCCUGCGCCAGGCCGGUGAUGACUUCUCUCGUCGCUACCGCCGCGACUUCGCCGAGAUGUCCAGCCAGCUGCACCUGACGCCCUUCACCGCGAGGGGACGCUUUGCCACGGUGGUGGAGGAGCUCUUCAGGGAUGGGGUGAACUGGGGCAGGAUUGUGGCCUUCUUUGAGUUCGGCGGGGUCAUGUGUGUGGAGAGCGUCAACCGGGAGAUGUCCCCCCUGGUGGACAACAUCGCCCUGUGGAUGACUGAGUACCUGAACCGACACCUGCACACCUGGAUCCAGGAUAACGGAGGCUGGGAUGCCUUUGUGGAGCUGUAUGGUCCCAGCAUGCGGCCUCUGUUUGAUUUCUCCUGGCUGUCUCUGAAGGCACUGCUCAGUCUGGCCCUGGUGGGAGCCUGCAUCACCCUGGGUGCCUAUCUGGGCCAUAAGUGAAGUCCACAGGCCUGCCACAAACACAUAUGCAAAAGGUUCACUAAAGCAGUAGAAAUAACAUGCACUGUCACUGAUGUACCAUGAAGCGAAGCUGUGGUCUCUUCAAAACAAAAACAAACCACCACCAACAACGAAAAAACAGCUUUCAGGCUCAACGUCCAGUCAGCUACUUACUGCCAAAGGGAAAUACAAUUUAUUUUUUACAUUAUUAAGAAAAAUAAGAUUUAUUUAUUUAAGACAGUCCCAUUGAACAUUGUCUUUGGAAACCCUACCACUAAUUAGUAAGCCCCACCUGGAUGGCUCCACCUGGUCUCCUGUGCCUAUAAACAUGGAUUUCUGUUCCAUGUUGUUGGCCCAACUGACUCACCAUCUGAAAAGCAAACAAAUUGACAAAGGACUUGACUGUUCCAGAAGCCGGGUUUCUGGCUGCUGGAGGUUAGGGAGAAGGUGUUCGCUUUCUUUGCCUUUUUUUUUUUUUUUUUGCCCUGGAGGCUGUGUUCUUAAUAGAGGGAAGGUCCUUGGAGGGGAGACCACUCUUCCCUGGCCUGAAGAACAGGCACUUUGCAUAUGGUACACACCCGGUUGGAAGAAAACCAUCGGGAACUUCAGAUGGACUUGGUAUUUGCCAAGAUCUCCACCCCGAAGGACAGUGACUGGAAAAAUGCCCUUAAACCAUAGGAAAGUAUUUUUUUAAGCUACCGAUUGUGCCGAGAAGCAUUUUAGCAAUUUAUACAAUAUCAUCCAGUACCUUAAGCCCUGACAUGUAUAUUCAUAUAUUUUGGAUACGCUCCCCCUCCAAAUACUGGCUCUGUGUAUGAAACAGAAUCCUCUGGAAUGCGAGGAAGUGAACGUUUCGGUGACUUCUUCGGCAUCAGGAAGCAUCAGGCCGCCACAAGUGCCUGCUUUUCCACAAGAGGCCGCGGUGUGCUCUGCCUUGCCCCAGCUCGGAGACCUCGUCCUGGAACACAGCCUGGCCACUCGCUGGCCUGCUCGAGGGGUUUUAAACAGAGCGGUGUGGUCUGCGAAUGUCUGGAAGCUGACGGAGCUCAGAAUCGCGCGGGCAAGGAAAGAAGGCAGGAGGCCUGGGCCUGCUACCCUGGGGCCCCCUGGUUAGGCGCCUCUCCACGUGGAGCGUGGAAGCCGGGAGCCAAGGCUCUUCGGGCGUUUAUCACUGUGGAGGGAAGGAAACAGGCACUGCGCCUUUGCUCGCGGAGGGAGGUGGUGAUGGCUGGGGAGCCCGCCCCCCGAGGGAAACGCUUGCGUGCGCCUUGGCUGCGCGGCUGCCAGCCUGCCUGUGCAGCUUAAAGCAAGAUUUUAAAGACUUUGGGGAGGGUCAUAAAUCCUAAAGGAAGCGUUAAAAUGGAUUAACUGACCUAUGUCUGUGGAAUUACAAUGUAAAACAUUAUCUUGUCAUUGUAGUUUGGUUUUAUUUGAA